AUGGCGCUAGUAAUACCAGACACGGCUGCGGCCACGAUUGCCGCCCAGUACGACGAGGUAGCCGCGUCCUAUGCCGCCAGAAAGACCAUACCCAUUGAGUUUCGCAAGCAGCAGCUGAGGCAGUUCUGGAAGCUUGCUGACGAUCAUGAGGAGUACCUGCGCGAAUGCCUGUACAAGGACCUGGGAAAGCCCAAGGUUGAGGCGCAGGGUACUGAGGUCGGCCUCUUCAAAAAUGAGAUCUGCUACCUGCUCGACAACAUGGACAAGUAUCUGGCCCCGGAAACGGUCUAUGUGCCGCCAGCGUACCAGGGCCUCAACCCGACUAUUGUGCGGCAGCCCAAGGGCGUUGUCCUUGUGAUCGGCGCAUGGAACUACCCCUUCUUCCUGACGGCAGCGCCUUUUCUGGGUGCCAUCGUAGCGGGCUGCACCGGCCUCAUGAAGCCGCCCGAGCUGGCCCCAUACACGGCGCAGGCGAUGGCAGAGCUGGUGCCCAAGUACCUGGACACGUCGUGCUACCAGAUCGUCAACGGCGCGGCGGCCACGGCCACGGCACUGCUGACGCACCGGUGGAACCACAUUUUCUACACGGGAGGCUCGCGUGUGGGUACCAUUGUGGCCAUGGCGGCCGUCAAGAACCACACGCCGUACACGCUCGAGAUGGGCGGUAAGUGUCCGGUGAUCGUGACGCCGCGAGCCGACAUCGCCCUGUCCGCCCGCCGCGUUGCCUGGGGCAAGUUUGCGUGCGCCGGCCAGACUUGCGUGGCCCCAGACUACGCCCUCGUGCAUGAGGAUGUGUAUGAUGCGUUCAUCAAGGCCAUCUGCGCGUCUGCCCAGAACUUCUUCCAGGGCCGGCCCAAGGAAGACGGCCGCAUGGGCCGCAUCGUCAACACGGCGCACUGGGACCGCAUCAUGAAGCAGUUGCGCGCCACCAAGGGCCGCUUCGUGUGCGGUGGUAUCGAAAGCGCCGACCGAGACGACCGCUAUGUGCCACCCACGAUCGUGGCUGACGUCACUGUCGAGGACGCGCUGCUGGCCGACGAGAUCUUCGGGCCCAUCCUGCCGGUUCUCAAGUACAAGACGCCUGAGGAGGCCUGCCGGACGAUCAACAGCAUCAUGGACGAGCCUCUGGGCCUCUACGUGAUGAGCGAAGACCGUGCCGACAUGGACUGGUUCGUCGACCACACCAAGUCUGGCGAUGCCGUUCACAACGACACCAUGACCCAGAUCGCCGUGCCGCUGCUCCCCUUUGGUGGCGUCGGUGCUAGCGGACUCGGUUCCUACCAUGGAAAGGCCAGCGUCGACACCUUUAGUCACCAGCGAAGCGUCGUGUAUGUGCCAAAGGAGGCUGAGGCUGCCAUCGAGUGGCGGUAUCCGGACGGCGACCAGAAGCUCAAGUAUGAGGCGGUCAAGGCGUCUGAAGAGAAGCUCCCGACGGGCCUGUAA